AGCUGUAUGUACGGUACUUGCUGUCUCUGGGGGAAGACAUACUCCAUUGGAUUUCUACGCUUCUGUAAACAGGCCACCCUGCAGUUCUGUGUGGUGAAACCGCUGAUGGCCAUUAUCACCGUCAUCCUCCAGGCUUUCGGGAAGUACAAGGACGGAGACUUCAACGUCGCCAGCGGCUACCUCUAUGUCACUAUUGUGUAUAAUAUCUCGGUCAGCCUCGCUCUCUACGCUCUCUUCCUGUUCUACUUUGCCACACGGGAACUCCUCAGUCCCUACAGCCCGGUGCUCAAGUUCUUCAUGGUGAAGUCGGUCAUCUUCCUGUCCUUCUGGCAAGGGAUGCUGCUGGCCAUUCUGGAGAAAUGUGGGGCCAUUCCCAAAAUCGACUCGGCAGAGAUCUACGUGGGUGAAGGCACCGUCGCUGCGGGAUAUCAGAACUUCAUCAUUUGCAUCGAGAUGUUCUUUGCGGCCAUUGCACUGCGCUACGCGUUCACAUACAAAGUUUACGCGGACAAGCGAAUUGACUCACAAGUCCUGGCAUAUGGGCCCUACGGUCGCUGCGCCCCCAUGAAGAGCAUCUCGAGCAGCCUGAAGGAGACCAUGAACCCCCACGACAUUGUCCAGGACGCCAUCCACAACUUCUCGCCGGCCUACCAGCAGUACACGCAGCAGUCGACCCUGGAGCACGGCACCCCCUGGCGCAACGGGCAUGCCGUCUCUCGGACCCACAGCAUCGCUAGCAUCCGCGACACAGAGAAGACCCUCCUGCUGAGCUCAGACGACGAGUUCUGAGCCCGUCCCGGGUGGGGGGAGGAGAGGGGGGAAGAAGGGGCGGACAGGUGGGAGGGUGGGUGGUAGCGAUGGGCGGGGUCUGGGGCCUGUGGAGAAAACAGAGUUGGCAACAGACCUUGAGAGGGCCGACAAAGCAGCCACAUUUUUAUUUUCUCUCCACGACACCCCCACUCCCCUCCCUGGUUUCCUCCCGCAAUCAGCGAACGUUUUAACACCGACGGUAAAACGCCGCCGGGAACCUCCUCUCUUCGAAAACGGCGGGAGCUCGGCCUUUUGCGUCUUUGUGUUUAAUUUUAGACUGUCGUUCUGCAGCCAGUGUCCCAGCCAGCUUCCGUCACCACAGCACCUCCCAAGUGAAGCAUAUCGAUCGGUGUCGGCCUACUGGAGUUUGGUUUAAAAACGUGUGAUUUAUUUUUAAGAAAGUAAUGUUUUGAGGCUUUAAUGUUGGGGAGUGGGUAAUCUGCAGCGGGGUAGCUUACAGUAAUUGGGACAAUUGCCCUUCUGAAGGCUGUGGUGUGCACAGACGUAGGUUGGGGAAGGUGUCUGUGUUGGGUAUCCUUGAGAGAUCAACAGGCCUGCCGAUAGUUCAGUGUCUGCCUGCUCCCCACUGGCAGCAAAUUCCAAACUGCACUGCUAUUUUUUCUCCCCCCAGGUAGGAGGGUGACCGUCAGUGGUCCCUCUCUGUAGUGUAUGAUGGCUGCUGUGCUUACCCAGCACACCUCUGGAGCCAUUGCCACUUGUUGGACUUCAACUGGGAUUUUUCAAUACAUCCCCCCGACCCCCCCACCCCAGGCAUCUGGGACUGGCACAGUGAGCCUGUCUCCUGGAUCCACAUGCAGCAUCACAUGGGAGGGCCGAAGGGCCUGUUCCUGGGCUGUAAAUUUUCUUUGUUCUGUGUUCCCUGCCACUGAGGUCCGAACUGCUUCGCCCCCUCCGUUUCCACCACCACGUAGCCCUUCAGCUACACUUCCGUAGCUCGUCUGGACCCACUCUGGUCUGGAUCGCAGUUCGACAGCUGUCCAUCCUCUAACAAUUGAUGGUUCUUCAGACAUUCCCAGGGGAGAGCAGCUGGAGUAGCCUGUCCUGCCAUGUUGCAACAUGGAGGUGUAGUCAGCUCUCCGGGUCUCUUGAUUAAUGUUUUCUCAUUUUAAAAGCGCACCUUUUAUUAAUUGAGCCUUUUUUACUUUGUUGGUUCAUACUGGAGUCUCACUUUGCGGUUUUGUUGCUCCUCUUGACCUGCCUGUCAUGGUUGGAUCAUGAGGGAUUGAACUGAGACUUUCAACUGAACUGACUCAUUGGGCGGCUGCCUGGGUUGGGUACACCAUCCACCGAGAACGCUACCUGGUAAGGAUUAAAUUCCAGAGUUCUCCCCCUGGAUCCCACUCAGUGGUUAGGUUAAGGUGACCCCCCUGAACCUGAUUUUCUAGUGAUUGUGUUUCUUUUUUCUUGACUGAUUUAUGACCUGUAGUGGAAUUGUUGUUGUAGGCUAGGCUGGAUGGGAUACAGAAAAGCAAAUUCUGUGUGUGUGACGUACCCAUCUCUGCCCCAUGCCACUUGAUGUCUUCAACACAAAAGUUAGGCACCAAUGUGGCAAUUAUGUUUUACAGCUAGGCCCAAAGCCUAACUCUGCUGGUUAAUGGCUGCUUUCUCUAGACUUGGCCUGUAUUCUGGCAUCAAACUAAUACCAAUACCUUCCCACCUAAAACAGCAUGGACUACAUAUGCACGUGUACAUAUGCACGUGUAUAUACACACACACACACACACACACACACACCCCAACCUCCCAAACUGGUGUUCACUUUCAGAGGGUUUUAUAUGAAGUAUUGAGUCCUUUCCAAUGUCAAUAUCAGUUCGUGAACCAUUGACAGGCAAGUUGGAGUGGGCAUGGCGCUAAAGGAAAGCCCACCAUUGAUGGCCCUUUGAUGUGUUCUGUUCGCUGCAGUGACCAGUCUCACUAAACGCAGUAUUGAGGGCGUUAGGUUGGGUUGGGAGGUUGUACCCAUCUGGCUGCCACUUGUGCCAGUCUGCUCCCAACAUGCAGAUAGCCCUGACUGAUGGUGAUAAAAACAAAAACUCAACACAGAAACCAAAUUCCAUUUCCGUUAUCUCAUUCUACUUCAGGGUGAAGCUGUUGCGCCUGUUCAGAGUGACUCUGUGUCUUUGUGCUGACAUUAGAAAUGAUUCCUUAGCAAAUGGUGGGAUUGGGGGAUCAUGUAUCAAUAUAUUCAGUGAAAGUUCAAGAAAAUGCUUCAAAGGAUUAUUAGCUAAGCCUGUUAAAGUGAUUGGAAGUUCCUAGUUUGCCUGCGUCCUUGCACUCUCCCAUGACCCAGUGAAUUCGAAUUGUUGUAUCCUUUUCCAUGAUCUAUCCAAGGGUAAUCUUUUCCAAGGGUACAAGUCGUCUCAAUAUUACACAUUCGCUGUCUGAGUUUCUGUUUUUGCGCACGGCUUUCCCACUGCUCUCGCAGCAUCAAUACCUUCCUGCGUUUCAAACCCUUUUUCAUCAGAAGUGAAUAAGUUGUUCCAUUUUCUUUGCUCACAGAACAGCACUUCCCCUCUGCCAGC